AUGAUCUCUCUAAGGAAGUUCGCUACCGCUUUUGUGGCUUACCUUACCGCCUCUGCACGGGCAAGGAGGCACCACCAGGUCAUCGCCAGACAAGAUUCAACUGUCACCAGCACCAGCAUUGGCAAUGUUUCCCUGCCCGAUCCCGAAUUUGUUUCCUGGGGUCCGGGUGUCAUGGGAGGUCUCCACCGACCUGGAGACACCACCGAUACCGCUAAGGCGAAGAUUGCUCUGCUUGUGAUGCACGCCGAGCAGGACUACACCACGUUCUACCCUUGCACUGAAUUACCCGCUCGUGGGUACAUCACUCUCUGCCUCAACAAUUGGGCCAGCAAGUCCAGGCUGAUGAAUGAUCUUGCUUUCGAGGACAUGAUGGAGAAUGUUGCUACUGGUGUCGAGUACCUCAAGAACCUUACUGACAUCGACAAGGUCGUAAUAUGGGGACACUCCGGCGGUGGUGCCAUGAUGGCUGCGUACCAGAAUGUUGCUGAGAACGGCGCCUCGGCCUGUAACGGAACCGAAAAGAUCUAUCCUUGCUCUCCUGAGAUGGACGGCCUUCCCGCUGCUGACGGCAUCCUUCUGAUCGACGCCAACUUCGGUCUGUCGACUAUGACUCUGUUGUCUCUCAACCCCGCCAUCACUAAUGAGACUGCCGGAGCCGACGUAAACGAGACGCUAAAUUUGUAUAGCGAGACUAAUGGCUGGACUGAAAAUGGCGCUAAUUACACGAGCGACUUCUACGACCUCUUCGUCCAGGGCGUUGCGGCCCGCUGGAACCGAAUUCUCUCCUACGCCAAGGAGCGCAACACACUGAUCGAGGCUGGGACUGGUGAUUUCACUGACGACGAGGGUAUGAUUAUUGUUGAUUCUAACUACCUCGGCUUCAACAACAAGUUCUUCAACCAGGAUAUCCGUUACCUGUCCCACACCCGCUACGCCUGGCCUCUCCUCCACAAGAACGGCACCACCACCCAGGUUGUUCCAUCUGUCCGAGUUCAUUCAGUCGGCGUACCUAGCAUGGCCAACAGCUUCUAUGAUGGUGCUUUGAAGACCACCGUGACUCGUUUCCUCGAAACCUUCGCCAUCAGGAUCAACGAGGAGACCUUUGGCUACAACGCCACGGACGUCCUCGGUGUUGAGUGGUCAUCCUCGCAGACGGCCCCCAUUGGCAGCGUACCCGGCAUCAGCGUGCCCCUUCUGACGAUGGGAAACACCGGCCACUACGAGUACCUCAACGCCGAGAAGAUUUACCUAGCCGCCACCACCAGCGACAAGAGCAUUGCUUUCACCGAGGGCGCCCAGCACACCAUCGACACCUGCACUGAAUGCGAGAGCUAUCCUGGCGAGUAUGGCAAUACUGUCAAGACAGCUUUCGACUACAUGGAUACUUGGCUGAGCGCACCUGGCCGUGUCAUUGACGUCUAG